AUCGGUAUACGCGUUCGACGAUACUAAGGACCCCCUUUCUCCCUCAUAGAAACAAGCGGAGACGAAAACAAACGCAGCAAAAGCCAGAUCACUCUUUCACACAACUGUGUCUCUGUGUGUCUUCGAUUGAGCUCAAACUCUGUUCUCCCCUUCUGUCGAGGUGGUAAUAUACAGAGCUUUGAGCUCCUACGUUUUGUUAGUCAUCUACAUUCUUCAUUAGUUCUACAAAGAUGGCGAAUAUUCAGAUGACUAGCAUUCUAGAGAAGAUGACAGGCAAGGAUAAAGAUUACAGAUAUAUGGCAACAUCUGAUUUAUUGAAUGAGUUAAACAAAGAAGGGUUUAAAGCUGAUGCUGAUCUGGAGAUAAAGUUGUCGAAUAUUGUCUUACUGCAGCUCGAUGAUUUAGCUGGUGAUGUUUCUGGGUUGGCGGUGAAAUGUCUCGCUCCAUUAGUGAAGAAAAUUAGUGAGCCACGAGUUGUAGAGAUGACGGGUAAACUAUGUGAUAAAAUGCUUAAUGGGAAAGAUCAGCACCGUGACAUUGCAAGCAUAGCAUUGAAGACAAUUGUUUCUGAAGUCACUUCUUCAUCUCUUGCUCAAUCAGUUAUUGUUUCUCUUUCACCCCAGCUUAUUAGGGGAAUAACUAGCCCAGGAAUGAGCACGGAGAUAAAAUGUGAAAGUCUUGAUAUCUUAUGUGAUGUCCUCCAUAAAUUUGGAAAUCUAAUGACAACUGAGCAUCUGAUGCUUUUAGAUGCUCUAUUAUCUCAAUUGAGUUCCAAUCAAGCUGGUGUUAGAAAGAAAACUGUUUCAUGUAUAGCUUCUCUGGCUUCAAGCUUGUCUGAGGAUUUGUUGGGAAAGGCAACUGUUGAAGUUGUUCAAAACUUGAGGAAGAAGGGCGUGAAACCUGAGAUGACCCGCACAAACAUCCAAAUGAUUGGUGCUUUGAGCCGUGCUGUGGGAUAUCGUUUUGGACCACAUUUAGGAGACAUUGUGCCUCUGCUAAUUAAUUAUUGCACUAGUGCGUCAGAGAAUGAUGAGGAGCUUCGCGAGUAUAGCUUGCAGGCCAUAGAAAGUUUUCUGCUCAGGUGUCCUAGGGACAUUUCUUCAUAUUGUGAUGCUAUUCUUCCACUUACUUUGGAAUAUCUGAGUUAUGAUCCCAACUUUACUGAUAACAUGGAGGAAGAUACUGAUGAUGAGGUUAACAAGGAGGAAGAUGAUGAGAGUGCCGAUGAGUAUACAGAUGAUGAAGAUGUCAGCUGGAAAGUUCGUAGAGCAGCGGCGAAAUGCUUGGCUGCAUUAAUUGUUUCUCGUCCUGAGAUGCUUGGCAAGCUAUAUGAGGAGGCCUGCCCCAAAUUGAUUGAAAGAUUCAGAGAGAGGGAAGAAAAUGUAAAGAUGGACGUUUUCAAUACCUUCAUUGAACUUGUACGACAAACAGGAAAUAUCUCGAAGUCACUGAUCGACUUGAAUGAAUAUAGUCCCAGAUGGCUUCUGAAGCAAGAGGUGCCAAAGGUUGUUAAAUCCAUAAAUAGGCAGCUACGCGAGAAAUCUGUCAAGACUAAGGUUGGUGCCUUCUCUGUUUUGAAAGAACUCAUCGUCGUCUUGCCUGACUGCCUCGCCGACCACAUGGGCUCUCUAAUUCCAGGAAUUGAAAAGGCAUUAAAUGAAAAAUCUUCAACCUCAAAUUUAAAGAUCGAGGCUCUUAUAUUUACAAGAUUGGUGUUAUCUUCCAAUUCACCUUCUGUUUUCCAUUCUUACAUCAAGGCACUUUCAGCUCCGGUUUUAUCUGCUGUUAGUGAGCGUUAUUAUAAAGUCACCGCUGAGGCACUGAGAGUAUGCGGAGAACUUGUCCAUAUACUACGUCCAAACACUGAGGGUUUCGAUUUUGAUUUCAAACCCUAUGUUCGUCCUAUAUACAAUUCAAUCAUGUCUCGCUUAACAAACCAAGAUCAAGAUCAGGAAGUUAAGGAGUGUGCUAUUUCUUGCAUGGGACUUGUGAUCUCAACAUUUGGUGAUCACUUAAAAGCAGAAUUACCUGCAUGCCUUCCAGUACUUGUUGACCGCAUGGGGAAUGAGAUAACCCGACUUACAGCUGUGAAGGCAUUUGCUAUCAUUGCUGCUUCUCCACUUCAAAUUGAUCUCUUGUGUGUUUUGGAGCACGUAAUUGCGGAGCUGACUGCAUUUUUGCGGAAGGCUAAUCGUGCAUUGAGGCAGGCAACAUUAGGGACACUUAACUCCCUAGUUGUAGCUUAUGGUGACAAAAUCAGUUCAUCUGCUUAUGAAGUUAUUAUUGUGGAGCUUUCAACACUGAUAAGUGAUUCUGACUUGCAUAUGACGGCUCUUGCCCUUGAGUUGUGCUGCACCUUGAUGACUGACAAGAGGCCAAGCUCAAAUGUUGGUUUAGCUGUUAGAAACAAAGUUCUUCCUCAGGCACUAACAUUAAUAAAAAGUUCAUUACUUCAGGGUCAAGCGCUUUUGGCUUUACAGAACUUCUUUGCUGCCUUAGUUUAUUCUGCCAACACAAGUUUUGACGCUUUGCUGGAUUCUCUUCUUUCAAGUGCUCAGCCAUCACCCCAGUCUGGUGCUGUUGCAAAGCUGGCUUUGCAUUCGAUAGCGCAAUGUGUGGCUGUUCUAUGCCUUGCGGCUGGUGAUCAUAAGUGCUCGUCUACUGUGGGAAUGCUCAAUAAGAUUCUUAAAGAUGAGAGUAGUACCCACUCGGCUAAGCAACACCUGGCCUUGCUAUGUCUGGGAGAGAUUGGGAGAAGAAAAGACUUAAGCUCACAUGCAAAUAUAGAGACUAUUAUUAUUGAGUCCUUUCAAUCACCUUUUGAAGAGAUCAAGUCUGCUGCUUCUUAUGCUCUGGGAAAUAUUGCUGUUGGUAAUUUGUCCAAGUAUUUACCUUUUAUCUUGGACCAAAUAGAUAAUCAACAGAAGAAACAAUAUCUCUUGCUUCAUUCUCUGAAAGAGGUUAUAGUAAGGCAAUCUGUAGAUAAGGCUGAGUUCCAGGAUUCUAGCGUUGAGAAGAUACUUAAUUUACUCUUUAACCAUUGUGAAAGCGAGGAAGAGGGAGUUCGCAAUGUAGUGGCUGAGUGCCUUGGUAAAAUUGCUCUUAUUGAACCGGCAAAACUUGUUCCAGCACUAAAGGUGAGAACAAGGAGCCCAGCUGCGUUCACUAGAGCAACUGUAGUCAUUGCUAUAAAAUAUUCUAUAGUUGAGAGGCCAGAGAAAAUAGAUGAGAUAAUCUACCCUGAGAUCUCAUCAUUCCUUAUGCUUAUCAAGGAUCAUGACCGACAUGUUCGGCGUGCAGCUGUGCUGGCAUUGAGCACUUUUGCUCACAAUAAGCCAAACCUCAUUAUGGGACUUCUUCCAACGUUACUGCCUCUUCUUUAUGAUCAAACAAUUGUUAAGCAAGAAUUGAUCAGAACUGUUGAUCUUGGUCCAUUCAAGCACAUUGUGGAUGAUGGGCUUGAGUUGAGGAAGGCAGCUUUUGAGUGUGUCGAUACAUUGUUGGACAGCUGUCUUGAUCAAGUGAAUCCUUCAUCUUUCAUUGUACCUUACCUCAAAUCUGGUCUGGAUGAUCAUUAUGAUGUUAAGAUGCCCUGCCAUCUCAUCCUCUCAAAACUGGCAGACAAAUGUCCAUCUGCUGUAUUAGCAGUGUUGGACUCUUUGGUCGAUCCAUUCCAAAAAACUACUAAUUUUAAGCCCAAGCAAGAUGCAGUCAAACAAGAGGUUGAUAGGAACGAAGACAUGAUUCGCAGCGCUCUUCGAGCAAUUGCAUCCUUGAAUCACAUAAGUGGCUCAGAUUGCAGCCCAAAAUUCAAGAACCUAAUGACUGAAAUCUCGAAAUCUUCAAGACUGUCAGAGAAGUUCUAUUCCAUCCGGAAUGAGUGAUGGGCAUGUUGAAUCCUGGCCCCCAAACUGUGUCAGUAUUUUACAGGGAAUGUGAAAGAAAUUAUUUUGGGAGAAGAAAAUAUGAAGCAGAUGAGAAGCUAGGUUGCCCCCAUUAGCAUUUAAGAAUGGGAUAUACUAAAAAUGAAAUUUUUUUGGGAGAAGCUUGUCAAAAGAACCACAUUGUCGUGUUAGUUAGCAUAGGAAUACAGAAUAUGGUUCUCUCAUGUAUAGAUAGGAUCAUCUUCUCUUUUCGUACCCACAUGAGCCCGCCGCCUUUUGGUUUACUGUCUUAUUUUAUACCUUGUCAUUGUUGCUAUUAGGGUUAAAAUGGAAAGUUGCUUUCCUUAUGAGGAUGAAGUUGAUGCUACUAGUAAAGAAUUUGUUGUACUGAUUGACUUCUAUGGUGAUGAAGUCAAGUCUUAUGUUUUUUUCACUGGAAACUAAUUUUUUUUUGUUGGUGGUUGUGGCGUGGUAAUCCAUUGGUGUAUUAUGGUUGUGAUUUCA